CCCGGUUGCAAAACGCUGAAGAAGGAUCAUACCUUCAGUUUUCCAGGCAAGUACUGCGCUGGACCGUCCUUAACCCAAGAUAGUAAUGCAGCACAAGAAUUAUCAAAGCACGCAACAUCGCCACCAUGUCAAGUUGAUUACACUACUCAGCCCUUCAACGGGACACAGGAGCAGGAUCAGUCGCAGCACCUUCUUGAAGCCAUGCGAAACCUGUCUCUGCAGCUGGAAGGCCUCGCAAAAGAGCAGACAACGAUGAAGAAGCGCAUGGAGGAAAUCUCCAUCGGGAACGCCCCAAACCAUUUAACGAGGCUAGUCAUCCAAGUGGUCCUGAUAACUUACCGUCCAUUAGCGGUGCCUCCAAACCCCAUCAUUUACCUGAGAAAUUCGCCCCAGCUGCCAUAA